UAAAAAGAGCUUAAAAAAGAGUUCCGACUUCAGUUACAGUAGCAGGCGAGCAGAAAGGCUAAAAAGAAAGAAAAUCUAAGCAACUGAACCCGUCAACUAGUCCUAUUUGAUUUAAAAAAUCCAACCUGGAAACUGUCCCAGAAAACCCUCUAUCUCCAAGCCCCUUUACUAGGUUGGGCAAGCUUUGAUGCCUCUACUCCCAAUUAUAAUUAAAUCUUAUAUACCUAUAAAAAAAUGUACGAGGGUAUCGAUGUAAAAUGAUUUCUCCCCCGCCAAUCCGCCCAGGAGUAAGUAGUACCUGUAAUAUUUACUUGGAUCAACGAAGAGACAAAAGAGGGUUGCAAAAGAAUGUCCUUGGCUCUUCCCCCAAGGAACUUGGCAACUCAAGUGGGAAGCAUUAUUACCAGAACAACAACAUCAACAACAAGAAGAAGAAUGUCGAAAACAAGCUUCUCUUCCAUAACAGACCAAAACCCAGGGUCCGAGUCCUCCAAUGGCGUUUCAGUGCCAGAACUUCGCGUUUUCUCGAGAAAAAAGAGACUCAAAGAGACUAUCCAAGCAAAGCCUCUUGAGAAGUCGUCUGUCCUUCCCGACAUCGAAGAAUUUGCAUACAAGAAAGCAAGUGGAUCUGCCUCUUCAAAGAAGUCGCAAGAUGUUUCUGAUGUUUUUGUGGUGGAAGCUGAAGUUUCUCCUCUAGUUAGGCCAAGAGAUGAACCACCUGCUAACUGGGAGAAAGUCCUUGAAGGCAUUCGCAAAAUGAGGUCUUCUGAAGAUGCACCAGUAGAUACUAUGGGAUGUGAAAAGGCUGGAAUUCUUCUUCCUCCUAAGGAACGAAGAUUUGCCGUCUUGGUUUCUUCUCUCUUAUCAAGCCAAACAAAGGAUCAUGUUAAUCAUGGAGCAAUUCAGCGCCUUCUUCAAAAUGAUCUGCUCACUGCUGAUGCCAUUGACAAAGCCGAUGAAGCAACUAUAAAAAGCUUGAUUUACCCGGUAGGAUUUUAUACUAGAAAAGCAAAUAACUUGAAGAAAAUUGCAAAUAUUUGUCUCAUGAAUUACAAUGGAGAUAUUCCCCGCUCAUUAAAGGAGCUGCUUUUACUUCCAGGGAUUGGUCCUAAGAUGGCGCAUUUGGUUAUGAAUGUUGGCUGGAAUGAUGUUCAAGGCAUAUGUGUUGAUACUCAUGUGCACCGCAUUUGCAAUCGACUAGGAUGGGUGUCACGGCCUGGCACAAAACAGAAAACUUCUACUCCCGAGGAAACAAGAGAGGCAUUACAAAAGUGGCUACCAAAGGAAGAAUGGGUUCCGAUAAACCCUCUUUUGGUUGGAUUUGGUCAAACAGUGUGUACUCCUCUACGACCCCGAUGUGGAGCUUGUACUGUAAGCGAACUCUGUCCUUCUGCAUUCAAGGAGACCGCGAGCCCGUCUUCCAAGUCGAACAAGUCUACUUCAAGAAAGAAGCCAUCAUAAGAGGAAUUCGAUCUUGGCAUAACAAACUGGGGUAGGUAUUUAUUCAGUAGUUAAGGAAGCUAUUAAUCUUCCACCUUGUAUCAUAGAAAGGCUGAGAAACAUGAUCUUCAUCUAUUUUGGUCAAGAGGAGUAAUAUCAAAUUGUAGAGUUUUUUGGGGAAGGAAGUUAAUUUCUAGUGAUG